CGAUCAAAAGUCAAAAGUCAACCAUUUCCCCUCCGUUUGCAAACAGUGUUACCUCAUGUUUCCUACGUGUCCACCCACCAUUAGUCCAUCUUCUUCACGCUUCCAAUCAUAUCGAAACACGUGUCACAUCCACCAUCCCCCUUCCAGCGGGCGUUUUCUCUGUGACGCUGAAGAAAACGCCAUUUCCGCUGCUCAAAUCUCAGUAAUAAAAAACGUUCACUUCACACCACUUGAGUUGUCUGUCAGCUCUCUACAAUGGCUUCCCCGAGAUCGAUUGCAGUCCUAUCUAUUCUGCUGCUGUUCCUCAUUUCCUUCCAAACGGCGUCGUGCGCUGCCGACACCAAGAGCAAACCCGCGGCGGCGGCGGACGAGGAAGAGGACCUCAGCUUUCUCGAGGACGACGACUCCGUUUCGUCCCAUUCCGAUCCCUACGACCACCUGCCUGACUUCGAGAACUACGACGACCUCGAGGACGACCAUGCGGACACGGAUCACGGCUACGACGACGACUCCUACGAGACGCCCGCCGUGGACGAGAAGGACGUGGUGGUGCUCAAGGAGGGGAAUUUCAGCGACUUCAUCGCCAAGAAUAAGUACGUGAUGGUGGAAUUCUACGCGCCCUGGUGCGGCCACUGCCUGGCUUUGGCGCCGGAGUACGCGGCGGCCGCCACUGAGCUCAAGGGCGAGGACGUGACCUUGGCCAAGGUGGAUGCUUCUGAGGAGGCUGAGCUGGCGCAGAAGUACGACGUUCAAGGCUUCCCCACUAUUUACUUCUUCAUUGAUGGUGUUCACAAGCCCUACAAUGGCCAACGGAGCAAAGAUGCUAUUGUUACAUGGAUAAAGAAGAAGACUGGACCAGCUCUAUCCAACAUAACAACAACUGAGGAUGCAGAGCGGAUCUUGGAGAGUGAGCCAAAAGUUGUUUUGGGAUUUUUCGACAGUUUGGUGGGCUCUCACAGUGAAGAACUUGGUGCUGCUGCAAAACUUGAAGAUGAUGUCAACUUCUAUCAAACUGCCAAUCCUGAUGUAGCAAAGCUGUUCCACCUUGAUCCCCAAGCCAAACGUCCAGCUCUUGUCUUGAUUAAAAAAGAAACUGAAAAAAUUAACCAUUUUGGUGGUCAGUUCACAAAAUCAGCAAUAGCUGAAUUUGUUUAUGAGAACAAGCUUCCUCUUGUCAACUACUUCACCAGGGAAGGUGCACCGGAGAUAUUUGAAAAUCCAAUCAAGAAACAGUUAAUUCUUUUUGCCACUUCAAAUGACUCAGACAAGUUUCUUCCCCCAUUCCAAGAAGCUGCAAAGUCUUUCAAAGGAAAGCUUAUCUGUGUUUUUGUGGAGAUGGACAAUGAAGAUUUUGGAAAACCAGUAUCAGAAUACUUUGGUGUUACAGGAGAUGCUCCACAGGUCAUCGCUUAUACCGGAAAUGAUGAUGGCAGGAAGUUCUUAUUGGAAGAUGAAUUGACCUCAAUCAAUAUCAAGUCCUUCGGAGAGAAGUUUUUGGAAGACAAUCUAAAGCCCUUUUACAAGUCAGAACCCAUUCCUGAGAAGAAUGAUGGUGAUGUCAAAAUUGUGGUUGGAAAUAACUUCGACGAAAUUGUUCUUGAUGAAUCUAAAGACGUUCUUCUUGAGAUAUAUGCUCCUUGGUGUGGGCACUGCCAAUCACUAGAACCUAUAUAUAACAAGCUCGGCAAGCAUUUGAAGGGAAUUGACUCGCUUGUUAUUGCCAAGAUGGAUGGGACAACGAACGAGCACCCUAGAGCAAAGUCUGAUGGAUUCCCGACACUUCUUUUCUUCCCAGCUGGGAACAAGAGCUUCGAGCCACUUACUGUGGAUACUGAUCGCACUGUGGUCGCCUUCUACAAAUUCCUAAAGAAGCAUGCGUCGAUUCCUUUCAAGAUUCAAAAACCGGCUUCGUCUCAGGAAUCUGAGACUGAAACGCCAACGAGCCAGGAGACUACUACUACUACUACCACUACCACUGGUGAUGUAAAGGAUGAACUGUGAGAAUAUUUAGCGUAGAUUAUAGCGGUUCCAGCAUAGAUCCCAGAACAAAUUCUGCUUUAACAGAGAAAAGAGGGUGUAAGGAGUAAAGGCAAUAGAAAACAACAAAUUUAUAUUAGAAAUGAGAAAUGUUGAACCAGUAGUGUCUGUUUUAUAAACUCCUUUUUCUUUUCCCCCUAACUUCCUCUUCUUUGUGACCUAAUGCAAUGUGCUUUGACAUUUGGCAAGUUGUGAUUUUGAAUCCUGAAUCAAAUAGUUUUUUUUUUUUUU